AUGGAAAGAGAUAACAAAACCAAUAUUGUCUCUGAGUUCAUCCUUCUGGGACUCUCCACUAGGCCUGAGGACCAAAAGCCACUCUUCAUCCUCUUCCUCACCAUUUACCUGAUUACUCUAGCAGGGAACCUGCUCAUCAUUCUGGUCAUCCACUCUGACCCUCAUCUCCAGACUCCAAUGUAUUUUUUCUUGAGUUUUCUGUCGUUAACUGACAUUUGCUUCACUACAACUAUUGUCCCCAAGAUGCUAGUGAAUUUUCUGUCAGAAAAAAAGACCAUCUCCUAUGCAGGGUGUCUGACACAAAUGUAUUUUCUCUAUGCCUUGGGCAACAGUGAUAGCUGUCUUCUGGCAGUAAUGGCCUUUGACCGGUAUGUGGCCAUCUGCAACCCCUUCCACUAUGUCACUAUCAUGAACCAUCAUCGAUGUGUCCUACUAGUGACCUUCUCUUGCUCCUUUCCUCACCUCCAUUCACUUCUGCACACACUUUUGCUUAAUCUUCUGACCUUUUGUGACUCCAAUGUUAUUCACCACUUUCUCUGUGACCUCAGUCCUCUGAUAAAAUUAUCUUGCUCUUCUACAUUUGUCAAUGAGAUUGUGAUAGUGACAGAAGGAGCUCUUGUUUUGGUCACCCCCUUCCUAUGCAUUGCCUUUUCCUACAUCAGAAUCCUUAUUACAGUUCUCAAGAUACCUUCUGCUGCUGGGAAGUGCAAAGCCUUUUCCACUUGCGGUUCUCACCUCACUGUGGUAAUUCUCUUUUAUGGAAGUAUCUUCUAUGUGUAUUUACAGCCUGUGUCAACUUACACUGUCAAGGACCAUAUAGCAACAAUUAUCUACACAGUUUUGUCAUCUAUGCUAAACCCUUUCAUCUACAGCUUGAGAAACAAAGACCUGAAGCAGGGUCUGAGGAAGCUCAUAAGCAGAAGGAGAAUCUAA